AUGGGCCAGGCCAACUGCUGCUGUGGCUCCAGGUGGGCUCCCCCCGCGGCUCGGGGACACGCGGGCACGGCCAGGCCCCACACCGACGACGGCCUUCCUCAUGCCCGCCGCUCUCUGCUCUGCAGGGAGGCUCUCAGCGAGGCCGAGGCGGUGCUGAGCGCGGACGUGCGGCUGACCCGGGGCCGCAAGAGGAGCGAGAGGCGCCUUCUCCUCCUCCAGGAGGAAGUGGUGGUCGCCAAGUUGCAAUGUGGCACCACCCUGCGCCCACAGCUCCGCCUGGCCCUGGACCAGCUGUGGGUGCUGAGCGGCGGGAAGGAGGCAGCGGGGGAGGAAGAGGAGCAAGGCAGUGAUGAGGACAGGACCUCCCUCAUCUUCGUCUGGCCCACUGGCUCCUGCAUUGCCACUUUUGGCUCCCGGGCCCUGAAGGAGCUGUGGCUGGGCACACUGCUGGGGACACCAGAAGGAGGCAAGAGAGCCCGAGUCACCCGUCUGCCGUCGCUCACACUCCUCGAGAAGGAGCUGCGGUGCCGCCAUGCCGUGAGCGUCUCUCUCUGGUGUGGGCUUGGUCCCCGAGCACUGGUCCUGCAGCUGAGCAGCAGAGGCAUCGCUGCUCACCUUCUUGCCCUCCUUCUCUCUUGCCCAGUGGAGGACGUUCAGCACCAGGAGCCUGGAGAGGCUGAUGAAGGGCCAGGCAGAGGUGAGAACGGCUGCCUUUUGCCCGCCUCUGGCUGUGCCGGGGUGCCGGGGACGUGCGGCGAGUGGGGUGAGCUUGUGCGGGAGGGAGGGAGGGAGGGAGGGUCCCGCGGUGCCACUUGGGGAGCGGAGAGGGUUGGGGAGCCACCAGGAACGCCGGCACGUCCUCGCUGGCAGCGCUGGGAGGAAAGCUGCCGUGCGGGGCAGAGAGCCCGGGAGGGCCGAGGGUCCAAGCUCUGCCACGCGCAGGCUGCUGGUGCCGGCUGGCAGCUCGCCGGUGGCCCUUUCUGCUGCGGGGCUGCUCUCUUAAGCGCAGCCUGGUUCUUGCAGGCUGAUGCCAAGCGAGGGCCUCCGAGGGUCUCGUCUAGCACCGGCGGGGGACUUUGCCGCUCAGCAGCGCCAGGGCAGUCGGGCUCCGGCUGCAGCAGGCCGCUCUUUGGGCAGCCCCUGGCAGCCCUCUGCGGAGAGGACGGCACGCUGCCCCGGCCCCUCCAGGAGCUGCUGGCCGUCCUGCAGCAGGAAGGGCCGUCGACGGAGGGCAUAUUCCGCAGAGCUGCCAGCGGGACAGCCGUUCGGGAGCUGAAGGAGGCCCUGGACUGCGGCGCAGACGUCGACCUUGGAAGCCAGCCUGCGCUGCUGCUGGCCGUCGUCUUGAAGGACUUCCUGCGAAGCAUCCCCUCCAAGCUCCUCGCGAACAACCUCUACGAGGACUGGAUGGCAGCGAUGCAGAAGAGCAGCAAGGAGGAGAAGAUCUCAGAGCUGAAAGCGGUGGCCGAGAAGUUGCCCGCGCCCAACCUCCUCCUCCUGAAGCGGCUGCUGUCCCUGCUCCAGCACAUCGGCCGCACCGCAGCCACCAGCAGGAUGACCUGCAGCAACCUGGCCAUCUGCGUUGGGCCGAACCUGCUGAGCCCGCCCAACGAGGAGCUGCUUCCACUGCCGGCCAUGCUGGAGGUGACUGACAAGGUGAAGGUGCUGGUGGAGUUCAUGGUGGAGAACUGCAGGGAGCUCUUUGGGGAGGAGACAAGGGAGCUUUCCCGCCCAGCAGCCGAGGAGUCGCCAGCCCCCACGGAGAGAUGCGGACAUCUGCGUUUGGAAGAGCAAAGUGGCCCUGCACUCACAGCAGACACCGAGCACCGGGCAGAAGCCUUGCUGCACGCCCCCCCCUCUCUGCCCGGUGUCCUCGAAGGAGCUGGGGGAGAUACGGUGGCGGAGUCUGAAACGAGAGAG